AUGUUCGAGCGCAUCGUGAGGUUCUGGGUCUUGUCGAUGACUUUUCUUCUCGCUGUCUAUUUUCGCCUCCAGGUGGGAGUGCCUGAUCAGGUUGACGAUCCACCGUUCCGCUUCCAGCGAGCUCAUGUUAACCUUUUGUGCGAUAAGGUCGAGGUUGAUCGACUGGUGUAUGCGGCAGUACGUCUCGAAGAUGAUGUGCCUGCUGUACUCCUCGAUCUGGAACUUGAGGGGCUCCAACAAAAUGUCGACAUGGCAGGCGUUUUGGAUUUGCAUGAUGUGCUGUUGCGCGUCCUCGAAGUUGUAGUCCACGAAAAGCGCGCUCACCAACGCGGUGAAGGUGUCGGAGUAUUUGGCCUUCCCGAUCGAGAGCGACGUACUGAUGACUUUGAAAUGGUCCUUGCGAUUCCUGUUGAGUAUGGCGUAGACGGCGUAGUACCUCAGCAAAUGCGGGGCUACCAUCAGCACUACCGCCAUGUUGCGGUCGUCCAUGAGGUACUCCUGGACGUGCGGCCACUCGUAGCUCUUGGCAUUCUUGGACUUCACCUGCGACAGCGGAAUGUGGUACUUGAAAACGUAGAAGAGCGCCCAGUGCAGCAGCCAGCAGCGUUUAAGCACGAGCUCCUUGCGAUUUUUACCCAGUUCCUCGUUGUUGAAUAUCUCGGCGAGCCUCAGAAUGCACUGUACCCCGGUCCUCGAUGGCAACAGAACGCCCACCGUAAUGGAGCGCAAUAUACCCCAGUAGCACUUGGCCCUGUUGGCGGCCGUGUUGCCGUCGAACGUGUACUUGGCCACGUUCUCCAGGUAGUACACCAGCCAUUGCUUGCACUUCUUCCACUCCCCGUUGUCGGAGUACAGUUUCGCGAGCCUGAAUAUCGCGGCUUCCGAUUCUGGGCCAACCUCGAUAUCGGUUGUACCCUGCGUUGCAAGCCACUGCUGCAGGGACACCAGCCAGAUGCGCUCGGCGGACGAUGA